UUUGCAAUCAGUCGUCUUUCGAACGUCGGAGAGAUAAGAUAUUAAUCGAAGUUUUUUUGCGCGCGGAUCUCGCGUUUUUCUCUCUCCCUUUUUUCACUUUGCACACCCUUCCUUAUUACUUUUUUUUUUUUAAUCUUUAUUAUAUGUAAUAUCUCUGUUUUUCCUCGUUAAUUUUUUAUUAUUUGUUCCUUUUACCAUCUUCCGCUUGGACUUUACCUAACUUAUUUUUCUCUUUCUUUCCCUUUUUUUCUCUAUCUCUUUCUCUCUUUUCUUCUUUUUUCCCUUCAUCUUUAAGCUGGACACAUUGAAAGGGGUACACAUUGCGGAUUACAAAAAGCGUGUAAAAAAGCUCGAUGACGUUGUCACGCGAUUUGGUCGGUCCUUGAACAUCGAUUGUCCCCACAAUCGGAAAAAGUGCAUACGGUAGAAGAGUGCAAGGAAAAGUGCAUCGAGGGAAAGAUUGAGGGCUAAAGCUAAUUACGAGGGUGUGAUCGUUACGCGAUCUAAGCGUUCCAAAAAUAGUAGCCCUUUGUUUAUAUUCCAUUCGGGUGCAGCUUUAACUAAAAAUGAAGAAAAAGAACGUUAGGCGAAGGAAGAGAAGGAGGUACGAAGGGUUGGGAUUGGUGGCUUAUCGACGAAGCGUUAAAUUCUGCAGAAUCGAUGAUGCUCUCGGGGGCGCGUCGACAUCUUGGAUCAACGUUAAAUUCUUCCUAACGUGAGCUCGCGGCAACGAUUGAUGAUCCUUAGGCAGAUUAUUGAUAUUACGGUGACGCAACAUGUUAUCGGAAUCUGCAGUUCAAAAAUUGCAUUUCAAGAAGAGGCUGAAAAUCACCUAUUUACCUGAUAUAUCGAAGAUUAAUGCUCGCUCGCGGAUGAUAAAAUGAGCAAGAGCGUGGAAUUGCUUGCUGAAUCGGAGGACAGUGAACAAAUACCAGUCGAUAACACUACAGAAGAAAGAUCGAGACUGAAUUUGAACGGGAGCAGACAGCUCUCGAAAAGCGCCACGGAGCUCCGGGACAACGAUAUCGAGAAACUCUCGCCGUCGCGGCGUGGGGAGGUCGGUGGUGAAUCCGGGGUUAUACACCACCACCGGCAUCAUCGUCACGCAACGUCGGUAGCACAGCGCACUCAUACCUUCUUUGCAACAUUGAAGAGCCGUUGGGCUCGUAGCCGUAGCAAAGAAAGAAAAAAAUCCAAGGAUGGUGGUGGUGGUGGUGUCCCACCGACCCAAGAGGCAACAACAACCUACAAAACACCUGGAAUCGAAUCUGAUUAUGCGGCUGAUUAUUCCUCUGAACAUAGCAGAAGUUCAUCUGCCACACAGAGUCCUGCCAGACAUUGUCUCAAACAUCCAGAAUCACCAUUGACACGAUCAGGAAGAGACAAAAUUUUAACCAUGCAAGAGGACAGUCCUGGCAAAUGCAGCGACGCGUCUUCAAAGGGAUCCUUGAAUCGUCAAAGUUUCAAGGACAUUCAUACGAGCGUGGAUGCACGUGCUUCAUCCAUGUCGAAUCAGGAUGGUGCAUAUGUUCAAGACGAAGUUUCAAGGAGGAGAGAGUUAGCGUUGAGACAACACGCUUUCUUUCAACUUCGUCUUCAUAUCAGGAGGGGUGCCAAUCUGUUAGCCAUGGACAGAUGUGGUGCUAGCGAUCCGUAUGUGAAAAUCAAGUCUUCUGGAAGGUUAUUGCAUAAAUCGCGAACGGUUCAUCGGGAUUUAAAUCCAGUUUGGGAUGAAAGUGUCACUCUGCCAAUAGAAGAUCCUUUUCAACCACUUACUAUCAAGGUCUUCGAUUACGAUUGGGGUCUCCAGGAUGACUUUAUGGGAGCUGCUCAAUUGGACUUGACGCAGUUUGAUCUUGGUUAUCCACAAGAUGUAACCUUAGAAUUAAAAGAUCCAGCCAGGCCGAAGCAACACUUGGGUGAAGUCUACCUCACUGGUACACUCUGGCCGAGAAAUCAACAGGAAAAGGAACAGUAUUUUCAAAGGACUAAUCGGUUGGCAGACGUGAAUAGAAAAUUAAAGUCGCAAAUAUGGAGUUCGGUAGUAACGAUUGUUCUAGUGGAAGCAAAAAACUUGUUACCGAUGGAUAUCGAUGGUUUGUCCGAUCCCUACGUUAAAUUUCGCCUUGGUACGGAAAAAUACAAAUCAAAAGUUAUGAACAAAACUUUAAAUCCGGUAUGGUUGGAACAAUUCGAUCUUCAUCUUUACGAGGAUCCUUAUUUAGGACAGGAAUUGGAAGUAACAGUUUGGGAUCGUGACAGAAGUCAUCAGGAUGAUCUCAUGGGUCGGACCGUUAUUAAUUUGGCAACGUUAGAACGGGAAACUACUCAUCGAUUAUGGCAAGAUCUCGAAGAUGGUUCAGGAAAUAUUUUUCUUCUUUUAACUAUCAGUGGGACUACAGCUAGCGAGACUAUAAGUGAUUUAGCUGCACACGAAGAAACUCCUAGAGAGAGGUCGAAUUUAAUUCAAAGAUAUUCUUUAGCAAACACGUUGCAAAGGCCUCGCGAUGUUGGUCAUCUGACGGUGAAGAUAUAUCGAGCUCAAGGUCUCGCAGCAGCUGAUCUCGGUGGUAAGAGUGACCCUUUUUGCGUCCUGGAAUUGGUGAAUGCUAGAUUGCAAACACAAACUGAAUAUAAAACAUUGGCUCCUAAUUGGCAAAAGAUUUUUACCUUUAACGUAAAGGACAUUAAUUCGGUGCUAGAAGUAACGGUUUAUGACGAAGACAGAGAUCACAAAGUUGAAUUUCUUGGUAAGGUUGCUAUUCCAUUAUUGAGAGUUCGUAACGGUGAGAAAAGAUGGUAUGCUCUGAAGGAUAAGAAACUGAGAGGUCGGGCUAAGGGUAAUUCACCUCAAAUUCUUCUUGAAAUGACUGUAAUUUGGAACGUAUUCAGAGCUUGCAUCAGAACACUCAAUCCUAAAGAAAAAAAGUAUAUGGAACCUGAGAUCAAAUUUAAGAGACAAGUUUUUCUGAGAAAUGUCCUUAGGCUCAAAGCGAUCAUUUUAUCUGUCAUCGAAAUGGGAAAGUAUAUACAGAGUUGCUGGGAAUGGGAAAGUAAACCAAGAAGCAUAUUUGCCUUGAUCAUCUUCGUUCUUGGAUGUUAUUACUUCGAGCCGUACAUGAUACCAGCAUUGGCUUUAUUAAUUCUACUCAAAUAUUACCUGCUUAACAAGGAGGAUGGGAGUGGAUUCAAUCAGUGGAUUUGCGGACAGGUCGCCGCAGUUACUGGUGCGUCUUUGACGUAUCAAACGAGCCCUCAUUUUCAAGAUACCUCGGAAUUGGCAGCAGAUGAUGGACCGGUAACACCAGGUGACGAUGACGAUGACGAGGAUGAUAAAGACAAAGAGGAAAAGAAAAGUCUGAAGGAACGAUUACAGGCUAUUCAGGAGGUCACCCAAACUGUACAAAACUCCAUUGGUUAUAUCGCCAGUCUUUGCGAGAGAAUAAAGAAUCUUUUCAAUUUUACAGUUCCUUAUCUCAGCUAUUUAGCUAUGACCUUGACCAUAAUCGGUGCAGCUGUUCUCUACUUUAUACCAGUCAGAUAUCUUAUACUUGCUUGGGGCGUGAACAAAUUCUCCAGAAAAAUCUUGAGGCCACAUACUGUGCCUAACAACGAGAUACUUGAUCUUAUAUCUCGAGUACCUGACGACGAGGAGAUUCUUAACUAUAGGGAACUAAAACCAUUACCUACUGCUGAUUGUGAAAGAGGUGGAGCACCAGGUUUUAGCGGUGGGAACACUGCGAAGAGGGAACAACGGAAAAGACACAAAGUGGCGUAACAGAAUGGCCCGCGGCCGGAAGUCGCGGGUCCAAGGUCAUCCAGUAUACUGAAGUCGGUACUCUUACGUAAGAGAUUGAAAAAUCGAAAAGAAACUACCGAUAAUCCGGAUCAAGUCGUCGACAUCGAUUAAAUCGUCGAACGGUAUGAUCAGCUGGAUGAAGAUCAUGGGGAAAGAAAAAUCAUCGUUUUAACAUCCUGAUGAUUUCACCAACGAAUAAUACGAGUAUCUAUCUAUCUUUUUUUCCCAAAGGUCAUCCCAGUGAACUUACUAAAUCGAUAACUGGGACACAAACGUAGGGAGUGAGAUAAAGAGAUGUAUAGAUAGAUAGAUAAAUAGAUAGAUAGAUAGUUGGAUAGAUAGUAUUUCAGUGAGAUAAAACUGACGUGUAAAACGAUCUUACUCGCAAGAAAAAUAUAUCUAUCCUUUAGUAUUACAAAUAUAAUACGUUCUUUCAUUGGUCAGGAAUAUUAUGAGACAAGUUUUGAAUAGACAUUAUCAUGUUAAAAGCUAAAUUUUCUGCUUGAUGGUUCGCUAUUAUUGAAUAAAAUAUUCGCUGGGUGUGUUUUGACGAUUCAUACUUUAUAAAUUACGAUCCUCGUGAUCACACAUAUGAAAUCAUCCUCGUCUUUUAGCUUUGUUAUGACUAUUUCUUCCUUUUUUAGAUUUUUGUUUAUUUACAAAAUGCGAAAUACCUAUACGCAAUUCUUAUUUCUAUUUAUACAUGAAAUAAAUCGUAAUAAAGGAGCUUCCAAUUGUAAUGAAAACAAUAGGAGCAUGUAUUAAUUGACGCGAUGAUUUCUAACCGAGUACAAAUCUUUCCCAAGUAAUAGUUAAAGUUUCUAAACGUGACUUUUUAGUAGGGGAUUUUUUAUCUACUUUUUCGUGUCAAUUGUUUAUUAUCAUGCGAGUUGCGAAUGAUUUUUACACGUUAAGCUUUAUUGUUGUACACUAUUCGAUUUUACGAUUAAUAGAAAAUCAUUGGAUUCCUUUUAACUUGCUCGACAUUUUUGAGAUUUGAUCGAUAUUUAUCAAAAAGAAAAAAGAAAAUAAAAGGAUUUAGACGAGCGACCAACAACACAUUAUAUCACAUAUAUUAUAUAUAUAUUUCUUAUCAA